AUGAGUGAAUUAAAAAAAGUGAUAAUUAAAUUGUGUGUUUGUGGAGACAAAAAAACAGGCAAAACUUCUCUUGUUCGAAGCUUCAUGGAUUUGCCCUUUUCAGAUGAAGUUGUGUCAUUUGACGACAGAUUUGUCCAACAAAAUAUUUUAUAUAAUAGCAAUAACUUUGAGUUGUCAUACUAUGAUUUAGUAGAAGAUGAAAGCUCACUUAAUGCAAGUUAUUGGAAUCACGCACGUGUUUUAAUUUGUGUAAUUUCACUCGACAACUUGGACAUAAUAAACAAUUCAAAAAAUUGGUUUUCUUAUGGAGAUAGGUACAUUCCACGAAUGUACCUUCGAUAUGUUGUUGGUACAAAAUCGGACUUACAAGAAAGAGUCUAUUCAUAUGAAGAAUGUGUGACUCAAGUAACUAAUUUAAAUGCAACAUACUUUGAAGUUUCAAACAAAACUGGGUUUGGAAUUAAAGAAUUGAAAGACCAAAUAAUUCUCGAUCUGUACAACUACGUAUAUCCACGUGGAGAAUUUGAUCAUGAAUGUGUAAAAAAGAAAUCUAAAAAAGGGUGUCAAAUGGUUUAA